AUUCCCGUUACCUAUAUAUAACUCUGAUUUGCAAUGUUCUCUCAUUUUAUAGGUGAAUAUUCAAAGCAAUAGCUUGAUCUAAAAGCUGAAUUCAAUUCGAAAAAUAAGGUUGGAUUCAUGGCAUCCAGUCUUGUCUCAAGAACUAAACCUCUGAGCAUGGCAUUGACUAGAACGAGUAGAAGUAGCCUUAGAAGAUCAGAAGGUGCCAUUCAAAACAUGUUCAAUGAGGAACUACAUACAGAAACAUAUGCCUCACCCUCCAUUCCAAAUGCCACCGCACAUGGAAAAUUCUCAUACUUUUCUAACAUUAAAAGGGAAAACCAUAUGAGUUUGUGGAGCAGGGGAAUAAGGGUCACCCCACAUUACCAGCAUCCUACGGCAGAGAGAAUUGUAGAGGAAUCAGAUUCAGAGUACGAGGCAACAACCAAGUAUCCAGGACUCGAAGCAACCAGACCAAGUGAAAAGCCGAGGGUGGUUGUCCUUGGCACUGGUUGGGCUGCUUGUAGAUUCCUCAAAGGACUGGACACAAAUGUUUUUGAUGUCGUCUGCAUAUCACCGAGGAACCACAUGGUGUUCACUCCUUUGCUUGCUUCAACAUGUGUUGGAACAUUGGAAUUUCGCUCGGUGGCUGAACCUGUUAGUCGAAUUCAGUCUGCAUUGGCGUCCAAUCCCAGUUCCUAUUUCUACUUGGCUUCUUGCAGUGGCGUUGAUACAGACAAACAUGAGGUGUAUUGUGAGACGGUUAGCAACGGUGGAUUGUCAAAUGAGCCUUACCGUUUCAAAGUGGCUUAUGACAAGCUCGUCAUUGCUGCUGGAGCUGCGCCAUUGACAUUUGGUAUCAAGGGUGUGAAGGAACAUGCUUUUUUCCUUCGUGAAGUAAACCAUGCCCAAGAAAUUAGGAAGAAGCUCCUAUUGAACCUGAUGCUUUCUGAAAAUCCAGGAAUAUCUGAAGAGGAAAAGAAACGACUUCUGCACUGUGUUGUGAUUGGUGGUGGUCCUACGGGGGUGGAGUUCAGUGGUGAAUUGAGUGAUUUUAUAAUGAGAGACGUUCGAGAAAGGUACAGCCAUGUUAAGGACUACGUCAAAGUAACCCUUAUUGAGGCAAAUGAAAUUCUAUCGUCCUUUGAUGUGGGGCUAAGACAGUAUGCAACAAACCACUUGACCAAAUCUGGUGUUCGCCUAAUGCGUGGUGUAGUGAAAGAAGUACAUCAGAAAAACAUAGUUCUCAACGAUGGAACUGAUGUUCCGUAUGGCCUUCUGGUGUGGUCAACAGGGGUUGGACCAUCAGACUUUGUGAAAUCACUUCAUCUUCCCAACUCCCCUGGUGGAAGGAUUGGUGUGGACGAAUGGUUGAGGGUGCCUUCUGCGGAAGAUGUGUUUGCACUCGGAGACUGUGCUGGUUUUCUUGAACAGACGGGAAGGCCAGUACUUCCAGCUUUAGCUCAGGUUGCAGAACGCCAGGGAAAAUUUCUAGUGGAAUUGUUUAACAGGAUUGGGAAGCAGAAUGGUGGCAAGGCCUUCUCGGCCAGUGACAUCCCAUUUGGGGACCCUUUUGUGUACAAACACCUUGGAAGUAUGGCCACGGUUGGAAGAUAUAAGGCUCUGGUUGAUCUACGGCAGUCUAAGGACGCAAAGGGUGUCUCCCUUGCUGGAUUCCUUAGCUGGCUGAUCUGGCGCUCUGCCUAUCUUACACGUGUCAUCAGCUGGAGGAACAGGUUUUACGUGGCAGUGAACUGGGGAACCACGCUGGUAUUUGGCAGAGACAACUCCAGAAUUGGUUAAACGAGCUUCGUAUACUAUAUACUGAUAAUAAUUGUAUUGAAUCAAGUUAUGUGGGUCAUGAAUUUUGAUAUCUUAAUUUAUUACCCAAAUUUAUGUUGAUUGGACCAACUCAUUGAUCCUGGAAAAUUAAUGGGGGGGUUGGAAUGAUUUGAGCAAAAUUAAUCAACUCUGUUGAAUACUACUACCUUUCUACAAUAUGAAGAUUAAUAUAGGAUUGUUUUAUUUUUCACCUCAAUUGAUUUAGUUCAAAUGGUCUCAAGGAUCACAGCUCCUAAUAUUAUGAGAUUUUGGAGUC